CACACUCACUCACAAACACUCACAAACACGCACCACGUGUUGCAAAUUGUUGUUGUACACAACGGAUGACGACAACAACGCAAGCAAGCAAGACACUGCAAGAUGAGUGACGCGACCCACCAGCAACAACAGCAGCAGCAGCCGACAGGCAAGCCCGGGAAGCCGUGCCGGGUGUGCUCCGGCUUUGGCGAGAUGUACCAGUCGUUUGCAGCACAGAAGCAAGGCCAGCCACACUCUCAGCCACACCAGCAACAACGGCAGCAGCACAAGGAGCGGGGACGGGACGCGAGUCAGGGGGAACAACAGCAAGCACCAGCGCAGCGGCACCCGCAGGCAACAGCGUCAUCGUCGUCAGCGACGCCUGCGCCGCAACACAUGCCGACACCGACACGAGACGUUGUCACGGGCGAGGUGGAGUGCCCAGAGGACUCGUUUACGCUGGGGCGCAAGUCAUGGAGCUUGCUGCACACCAUGGCUGCGUACUACCCCGAUACACCGACCGACACGGACCAACGCGACAUGAAGGAAAUGAUGCGGCUCUUGUCCCGCUUCUACCCUUGUCGCGAGUGUGCCGAUGACUUUGGGGAGUACAUUCAGAAGGAUCCACCAGAUACAACCAGCCGCUCAGCGUUUGCCCAGUGGAUGUGCAAGGCCCACAAUGCAGUGAACGUGCGGCUCGGGAAGCCAGCCUUCGACUGCAGCAAAGUGGAUGAGCGCUGGCGUGAUGGGUGGAAGGACGGCAGCUGUGACUGAUGGGUGCAAGCGAGGCCGGCAGAGCACAAGGCCAGGCAGUCACGCGUGUACAAACAAGGGGAUUGGGGUGCUGUUGUCAUCGGUUGGUGUUGAUAGUGGGUGGCUGGUGGGUAUGGCUUGUUGCCUGCGCGUGUGUCGCCAAGAUGGUGUUUGCUUGGUCAUCUAAUCGUGGCGGCUCCAGAAGCAUGCAAGCAAGCGCGUGGGUAAGCCGCACCGCAGGCAGUUAUCGAAAGUAAACGCACAAGCACGGGCGCA